AUGACAAUUCGAAACUCUAACAGACGUAUUGGAAUUUACUAUGAUCAGAUUGAGGUACAGGCCUUGUAUGCAGGGCAGAUAUUCGGUACGACUAGUGUUCCUGGAUUUUAUCUUGGACAUAAAGAGACUGAGUAUUUGAAUCCGGUUUUUGAUGGACAGAGUUUAGUGGUGUUACAAGGGGAAGACUGGUCGAAAUUUGAUAUGGAGAGGCAGCUGGAGAAUUUUUCGAUUAAUAUUAAGCUAUAUCUUGAAGUUAGAUUAAAGAUGUUGUUAUUUACGACUCCCAAGUAUAAGCCUGGAAUUGAUUGCGAUUUGAAGGUUCCUUUGGAUUCUAAGGGGGGAGUUUCUGGCUAUUUCGAGAGUCAGAGGUGCGAUUUUGUUUGGAAGCGGUGA